UGUCUCGUCAUUGAUGCUGACUCUGAGUGGCCAUCUGUCUGUUGCCCACUACGCAUAGUAGAUAUACGAACAGCACUGACUUAUCCACAGUCGAUUGCGAAAUAUUUACGACAGCAAAUGGACUCGUGAGGUUUCCUGAAGAACCACAGUAUCCCAGGUUCAAAUCGCCAUGGAUAUUCCGCUCGAGGAUCUAUUGUUACUGGUGGCGUGCCGCCCUCAUGCAUUAAAGAAUGUUCACCAGCCGGCGAGUUUCGGGUCCCAACGCCCGGCCCGCCCAUUCCCCCGCGCUGGCGGAGAACUGGGGUCAUCGUUUUCCUGUUCUAAACCCCCUAGAAACACUCCACCGUCUUGUUCCGUGUGUGCAAGCGCAUCUCAUGCUCCAACCAUAGCCUCGAGCUCCGCUUCCAUCGUCCUUUCUGGAACACGCUGUCUGUCUCAGAAGGAGCGAGGAAGCACGCGGGCUCACGAUGAUCAAGCUAUUUAGUGUUAAGCAGAAGCAAAAAGAAGAUGCUCGAAAUAACAAUGGCCGCCCCGUCAAGAAGCAAAGCGCUGGUGAAUUACGAGUGCAGAAAGACAUCAGUGAAUUGAACUUGGCCAAGACUACCGCUAUACACUUCCCAGACGGCAAGGAUAAUCUACUCAGUUUUGAGAUUACCAUCCGACCAGAUGAAGGCUUUUACCAAGGUGGUACAUUCGUCUUCAGUUUCUCUAUCUCACAGGUGUACCCUCAUGAAGCACCUAAAGUGAAAUGCAAGACUAAGGUCUACCAUCCUAACAUAGAUCUGGAAGGUAACGUGUGUUUGAACAUUCUUCGUGAGGAUUGGAAGCCUGUUCUCAGCAUCAAUUCCAUCAUUUAUGGCCUUCAGUAUCUUUUCUUGGAUCCCAACCCAGAUGACCCUCUCAACCACGCGGCUGCAGAAGUCUUGAGGGACAAUCCCCGUCAGUUUGAGCAGAACGUGCGAAGGUCAAUGGCUGGCGGUUAUGUUGGUGGCACCUUUUUUCCCCGAUGCAUGUAGAUUAGGUCUAUCUCAUAAUAGUAGAGUUGGGAGGUUGGCCAUGUCAUGUCCACUUGAGUGCCAAUAGAAAAUAUAUAAGGGUCUAUCAGGUUGCAAUGCACUAUGAACACAGUCGAUGAAGCCUACCCUUUAAUAUUGGGUCUUUUAAUGGCUCUAUUUUGCACAGGUAGUUGUUCUACUGUUGUCUACGUUUCGUAGAACACACCCCCGGCAUGACGCAUAUUUGCAGGGUGCAUUGGAGGACAAGUUCUCUGCUAUGGUAAGAGAAAGAGUGCCUUUUGUUGCAGUUCUGAAAAGAUAUAGCCAAUACAUGGCAGAAAUGUUGGUGCACGACAUCAAAUAGGUCGGAAGAAUGUGUAUUUCAGCAACCCAGUGAAUGGUAUGUGCUUUGCAUGGGUA